AUGGCCGACAAAAGAGACAAAAACAAACCCAGACGGAGUUUGUCAUUGUCCAAGAACAAGAAGAAAUGCGGCGCUGAUGUCAACACAACUCCCAUCACGACGUUCUUCUGCAACCCGCGGCCUCCCAAACUCUCCUGCCCUCUUUGUGGUCAAAUGGUACCCAGAUUCAGGAUCAAUGAACACAUCGAUUUGCAGUGCAAGAACUUUGAAAGAGCAGACAGCCAAGCCUCAUCAGCAAAUAACACUGUGCUGUCACCCAGCAGGAAGUCCUCAAGGGAUCCACAGUUUGAAGAAGAAACCGAAACAAGCCCUUAUUUCAAGACGAGAACCUCUUUGAAUGCGUCUCGGGAGAUUUGCAGCAGAACUGUCGUCAGAACGCUGGAUUUGGGAAGUAUCUCUUCCAGGUUGUCUAAAACAUCCCAAAGAAGAAAUGACAGAACAUCUGCAGAUGUUAGGCAUGCACGCCCUGAUCUGACUAAAGACUCUUUGCAAGAUGUUAGCAACUCUCAGAAAGAAAAUCUUGCCAGCUUGGCUUCAGAAAGCAAUGAAGACCCAAAAACAGCCAUCGAGUUGCCAGUGACUAAUGCUGAGAUGUGUACAACGACAGUAGCAAGUCUGUCAAAUUUGGAAAAAGACCCUAAACCAGAGACAUGCUCAAAAGUCAAACGAAAGAAGGAGACACCCGACAUUGGUAAAGUGGCUAAUUUAAUAAAGAAACCAAAACGUGAGGGAACAAGCUCGACGGAAACAGCAUUGAUUGUUAGAGAGGAAGGGGAUAACAAGUCCUCUCAAAGUAGCGACCAUUUACAAGCAGUCAACGUGUUUGAGAAAAGCAACAGUGAGCAGACUGACGACACCUCACCACCACAAAAACUCCCCUACUACCUCCGCAAUUUCCAGACAGUCCUACAGGCUGUAUUGGAGAACGAGGAUGACAGAGCCCUUUUCAACCAAGAUGACAUGAUGCUGGUUCAGGCUUUCGAGAAGCUCUCAGUCAAAGGACAGAAAUUGUAUGUGAGGCUGUUUCAGCGGAAACUGAAGUGGCUUCAAGUGGAUAAAUUGGAUUAUGAAGAAAUAUCCAGUGACUUGGGGCCUGUUGCUCAGGAACUAGUGCAAACAGGCCUUUUGCAGACAGAGAAUGAUCUGUCCAAUAUCGAGGAAGUUCUCGAUCUGUUGCCAGCACCUGAGCUAAAAGCACUGGCGAAGACUUUUCAUCUGGGCAAUUCCGGGACUCAAAAACAACAGCUAGUGGAUGGGCUUCUCCGGCUGAGCAAGCAAAAGUCACUCUUCUCUUCAAGUCAGGCUCAAAACAACAUUGGUGCAGUCAUCUUAAGAAGAGCAAAGCAGUACGCAGGUUCCUGUGUGCGUUUGUGCCGCGGUCCUCGGGCUGUCUUUUCUCGCAUUCUUCUGCUAUUCUCCUUGACCGACUCUAUGGAUGACGAGGAUUUGGCAGCGGGCGGGCAAAGCCAGCUUUAUACCAUCCUGCUAGUCAACUCGGGACGCCUGGCCUUUCCAGAUUACACCGUGCAACGCACUGUGAAGGUGUUUCGGGAAAGAGAGGACCUUAUCAGAUAUGAAGCUUCCAUGCGAGUCUUGCAAGAGGUGACUUUGGCUAUGCAGGCAGGCCACUGGGAAGAAGCUCUGGAGCUUUACAGUACAGCCAAGAAUGACUGGCAGGACCUGAAGAUGAGUUGUGACCUCAGUCACCACAAGGAGCUCCCAAUAUUCCUACGCAGUUUCACUACGGGAUGGGCCUACACUCGUAUAUUGUCAAGAGGCGUGGAGAUAUUACAGCGGCUACGUCGAUAUGAAGAGGCUGUCAACGAGUUGCGAUCCUUACUGCUCCAGGAUGUUUACUGUCUUGACAGUCGAGGGCGCUGGUGGGACAGACUGGCGCUGAACCUUCAACAGCACCUCAAAAGACCUGAACAAGCUAUCUGCGCUAUCAGAGAUGGGUUGUCCGACCCCCUUGUGCGAACAGGACAUAAGCUGUCUCUCCAUCAAAGAGCUUUCAGGAUGAGAGAAUCCGCCAGCUUCAAGAAGUACCGCCUGCAGCUCAGAGAUCUGCCCACUGUCGAUGUUCAGGAUGUCAGACAUGUGACUAUCAGAGGACAGUUGUUUCCCCAUGAAGGAGGCAUGGGGAAAUCACGGUUUCUGCUACCAUCAAAUGGGGACAAUUGCACUGACGGAACUGUAAUAUGCUCUGUAGAAGAACUGUCUUUAGCACAUUACAACCUGCAAGGCUUUGACCAAGGAAUCCACGGAGAGGGCUCAACAUUUUCAACGCUCUUUGCUCUUCUGUUGUGGGACAUCAUUUUUAUGGACGGCAUACCGGACGUUUUCCGAAAUGUGUACCAGGCAUGCCCACUAGACUUCUACACUGACAGCUUUUACAAGAACCGAAAAGAGGCAAUUGAUAACCGUGUACAGCUAAUUAAUGACGCUUCGGUAGAUAUUUUGCAUGCUAUGUUGGAGGAUGUCUGGACUGCCCAGGAGGGUAAAGUGUGUUCAUGCGCCAACUGGGAGCGUUUCUCCUCAGUCAGUCAAGCCCAGUCUCUUGUGUCUUGCAUGGGUGGAGCCUUCUUAGCGGGAGUCAUAGCACGGAUGGCGAAAGACUUCCGGCACUGUCGUGGAGGUUUGCCUGACCUCGUUGUGUGGAACACAUCCAGUAAUACUUACAAGCUGGUGGAGGUGAAGGGGCCUAAUGACCGUCUGUCUCAGAAGCAACAGAUCUGGCUGGAUGAACUGCAAAAACUUGGGGCUGAUGUGGAGGUGUGUCAUGUGGUGGCAACUGGAGCCAAAGGCUCUCGAGUGGAAUAA